GGUGACCUGAGUGACCUGCCAGCAAAAUGAAUGUCAUGAGGAAGCUGAUAGGUCAAGGUCAUCGGCCUGGUGCAGAUCUGAACCAGGGUAGCCCUGAUAACUCACUUGGGCUGAUGCACCUACGGAAGUUAUUUGCAGAGUUCUGGAACCCCAAGUCAGGAGGUGUUGGAGGCAGUCAGGCAGAUAAGGAAGACAAGCUGUACAAUAUGUUGCCAUUGUUCUGUAGGGUGUUUGGUGCUGCACCCUCUAGUGACCUAACAGAGAAGUUCAGUGAUGUUCUGCAGUUUUGCGGUCAUGUAUCAAAACUGAUGGUGAAUGAAAUACGACGUAGGGCCUCGAACCAAUCAACGGAUGCCGCUAGUUACAGCAUUGUAAAGUUCCUUGAGAUUGAGUCUACAGAGGAAUCCAGCAAUGGAUGGAUGUUACUCAGCACGUUAAACCUAUUAUCUACUGGAGCGCCAUCUUUAAUAGACUGUAUGACGGCUGCGUCAUUACCAUCAACCCUCGUGAAGUGUCUCUAUUUGUUCUUUGAUCUACCAGAUGUUGAGAAUAUCGACCAAGUUGACCCUGUCUCUGAUUUUACUCGCCACGAGAGACGUGUGUUACUCCAAAAAGUUUUUGUCCAGUUGUUGGUUCGAUUAUGCAGCCAUGUGUCUCCAGCAGAGGAGCUUGCGAGGAAAGAUGAUCUGACGCUCCUGUUCAGUGCAAUAACCAGUUGGUGCCCUGCCCACAAUGUGCCCUGGAGGAAGAGUUCUUCUGAAGUGUUGAUGACACUUUCUAGACAUGGACUUACUCCUAAUGUCGUGCAAUAUAUUCACAAUAAAGGCUGUGUGGCUCUAUGUAUAGACAACAUGCAGCGUGUACAGGAACUCUCUCCACUGGAGCUCGUUGAAAUGUUCGUCACAGUUUUCUGUUUCCUCAAAGAUUCCAGUGAAGUGUCCCAGAUUUUAGUCGAUGAUUUCCGCUCCUGCCAAGGCUACAUCUACCUCUCAGAUUUUCUACUCAGAAUGGAGAAUGACCUCUCAGAGGAGGCAAAACAAGCUUUGAGAAAUCUAGUUCUUCUGGUGGGAUCAUUGACAACAUGUGGCUUUAUAGAAAUCAAACCUAGUAGUGCCAGUACAGGCUCACUCUUCCAGAUGCCUGGUUUCUCUCUGCCUACCCCUGCAGGCAAAGGUGUUAGUGUACGCAAUCUCCAGGCAUUCCAAGUUCUGCAAACAGUCUUUUUAAAGUCAAAUACCAGUCACUUAUGCAGCAUAAUCCUAGAUGUAAUAAGCAGUAUUUACCACCAAGACAAUGCUAAUUAUUUCAUCCUGGAAUCACAAUGUACCAUAGCUCAGAUCUCAGAAAGGAUACACAAUAAACCACCAGAUAUACAGGGGAAGUUCUUUGAGAUCGUUGAGUUCAUUGUGUUCAACUUGAACUUUGUUCCUUGCAAGGAGUUCAUCAGCCUCAGUCUCCUCCUAAAGACUCACAAUUCCCUGACGUGCAGUAUUCUGUGUAUGAAAUGUCUACUGAAGAUUUUAAGAUUCCAUGUGAUAUACAAAGAUGUUUACCGGGAGGUAGGAUUGCUGGAGGUCAUGGUGACAUGUCUUAAUAGAUACGCCUCACUUCUUAAAGAUCCAGAUUCAGACGAAGGUGCAAAGCUGUCACAGAUUCCAGAGUCAGAGCAAGAGCUUGGCAGCCUAACAAUGGAGGCACUCUCAAUUCUCCUCAACAGUAACAAUGCUAAUGCAAUUGUAUUCCGGGAAUGUGGUGGAGCACGCUGUGUACACAACAUGGUGCCAUAUAUAGUGUGUCGUCAUCAAGUCCUCAACAUCGUCCAACAAUUGAUCCUUGCUACAGGGGGUGAUGAUGAUAUGGGUACAUUACUGGGUCUCAUGCACACGGCACCAUCCCUGGCACUGCAGCUAAAGACUCACAUCCUCAAAUCCCUAUUAAAUGUGCUACGUGAGAGCCACAGGAGUCGUACAGUGUUCCGCAAGGUUGGUGGUUUUGUGUACGUCAUGUCUGUGUUGGUUUCCAUGGAGGGUUGUCUUGCCAACCCACCUCGUUCACCCUGGGAGAAAGCUGAAUCCAGUGAGCUCAUUGCCCUACUGAAGGCUGUCUUCAGAACUCUGACAGUAGCCAUGAGAUAUGAACCUGCAAAUGCAAAGUUUUUCCGAACUGAUGUGAGGUAUGCCAGUCUGACAGAAGCUGUGAGAUUGCUUGGUUGUUUCUCCAGUGAGGUGGACAUCCAGCCAACUACUUCCACCUUAAAAACUAGCGAAGAUCAUCCUUUUGAUGAAUUCUUCUGCAAUCUCAAACCACACAGACUGAAGGAGGAGGUGCCUAAAACACUUAUCCAUGCCUGCAUGAUGGUCCGUUACCUCUAUGACAUGGCCUUGGAUGCAUUCGACAAAUCAUACCCUGUGACAACAAAUGACUCCCCAUCAACUGUAAAGAGGGCGCUAUCAUCCGAUCUCGAUAAAUUAACCGGUCAAAAUUCCCCAAUGAUAAAACGAGCGAGUACUGGCAGUAUUUUCAUGACACUGACCCAAGGAUCAAGUGAACCAAUCAUUGUGCAUGCUGGGGCUGUGGUGUCCAUGUUGCAUCUGCUACCUGCGAUAUCCUGUGAAGAAAACCCACAAUUGGAGCUAGACUUACAAUACCAGGUGUCUGAGAUCAUGAAGUCUUUGGUUAGAUGUGACAGGAACCAGCAGGUGAUGUGUGAGGCGGGGCUCUCCCAUGAGAUUCUCUCUCACUGUAACAUUGCCCUGGCAGAUGAGUCACACAUUCUACACCCACAGUUGCAGUAUAUAUUUGAGAGACUUGCCUCACAGUCCCUCACGCCAAAGGAUUUGAGGGACUUCAUGAGACUUGGGGCACCCUUGAACUCAAAUGCCACAGAUGACAACUUUACUGAAGCAGAACAAAACAACGAUCAAACCACAGACAAUUCAAACAAUCAAGUUAAAGUGUACGGAGGCCCUGUACCCUUGACUCGAGUUAAAUGUUUAGUUUCCAUGACAACACCUCGAGAUAUACGUCUUCAUGGUGCCUCAAUCACGCCAUCUUUUGUUGAGUUUGAUAUGAGUGCAGAAGGGUUUGGUUGCCUAUAUUUACCUAGUAUUGCACCCCAAGGACCACCAGCACCAUCUGUUGUAGGGGUUGCUGUGGUAACAGGAGGUGACACAACAGUGAUAGGAGGCGUGGGCACAGGAGAGAGGCUGUUCCCACCCCAGUCAGGGCUGACUUUCUCAUCGUGGAUAUGCAUAGACAAGUUCUGCACUGGCUCAGAGGGACACCCAGUACGCCUUUUAACUCUAGUCAGGAAUAUCCAGGGCAGAGAGGACAACCUGAUCUGUCUCAGUGUGAUGUUGGCUCACAGGGAUCGUGCCAUGCUAGUCUCAACCCAGGAGGUCCACAUGCCUAUACAAGGUGGUGCUGACUUUGAAGCAGAGCCAAUUCUGAAUGAAAGUAUGGUUAGAUUCUGGUGUCCUGAGCUGACCCAAGAGGGCCAGUGGCACCAUGUGUGUCUCGUGUUCCACAAAGCAGGCAUCAUGAAGAACAGCAGUGUUAGUCUCAUGGUAGAUGGCGCUCUGGUUAGCACUCAGAAGCUUCACUACAUAUCUGCCAGUCUGGGAGGUGGAGGAACUGCAUCCCCCCAGGCUGUCACCUCAGUAUUCGCCUACAUAGGUACCCCACCCCAGCUACGUAAACCGUCCAAGGUGGUGUGGCGCCAGGGACCAUGUCAUCUCUUGGAAGAUGUGAUGACUCCUAGUAUGGUAGAGACUGUUUAUAAACUGGGGCCUAACUAUGUUGGAAGCUUCCAAGCACCUGCCCUCGGUAAGGAGGUGACUGGCGCCCUGGUUUCCGAGGAAAAGGUGAUAUUUGGCUUCUAUGCACAUGCCAUGUCACAGAUGACCAUUGCAAAGAUACGCAAGAUCUACAACAAAUUUGACAGCAAGUCCAUCGCCAAACAGCUUGUAAUGUCCACACAUGAAAAUGCCACACCCAUUCGGAUUCUCCACAACUCUGCGGGUCAUCUAAGUGGCCCAGCGAGGUCACUCGGUGCAAUUAUUAUGGGUUACCUUGGAGUGAGAACAUUCUGCCCCAAACCUGUUGCCCGUAAUCUUCUGAAUAUAGGAGGCACUUCAGCAUUGUUGGGUCUUAUUGCCAUGGCAACGGAUGUAGAGGGACUAUAUGCAGCUGUGAAGUCAUUAGUUUGUGUUGUAAGGAGUAAUAAGGCAGCCAUUAGAGAAAUGGACCGAAUGAAAGGAUAUCAGGUUUUGGGGAUGUUAUUGAAGAAAAAACGCCAUCUAUUGAACAGUCAUAUUCUCCACCUUACAUUCUCUCUGAUCGGCACAGUGGAUAGUGGCCGUGAAAGCACCGUCAUUCCAAACAAACAUGCCUUUGAAGAUCUACUAUGUGACCUUGAGAUCUGGCGGGAAGCCCCUGGUGACCUACAGCGCUCUCUAUAUGAACAUUUCUUCGAAUUGCUCACUGAAUCAAGUGAGCUUUCCAGUAACCUACUGUUGAUGAAUGAGGUUGGGUUAGUGUCCAAGCUGCUCCAUGUCUUCAAGGAUAAUAACCUAUCAUUAGCCAGUCAGCAGACCAUAGCAAGUGUACUUACUGUACUGCUUAGGGGCGCAAAACAGACAGAAGGUUUACUAAGGUUUGGUCAGUUCAUGACCUAUACACUCCCCACUAUGUCAGUCAGUGAGCAAAAUGCUAAUGUUACUCCUCAUGAUGGACUAGAACAUGUCACUGAGAACACAGGACUCGUGUCUGCUUACAACAUACGCAUUCGCAACCUCAUGUUGGAAAUUGUCAUCAAGUUACUGAUAAAUCAAAAUGGCACAUUAAACUUACAGUUUGCAGAUGAUUUACAGCGAGUGCUAGGAUUCGAUUGGCUGUUAUUAUUCCUACAAGGUCACCUGCACAGAUCAACAGUUGUUUUGAGCAUGCGACUGUUGGUGACCAUGUUGUCUCACAGUACCAGCCUACAGAGGUUUAGAGAGGGCACACAUGGGGGAGGUUGGCUAAAUGAUACAGAGGCAGUUUUGAAGAGCUCCUAUGGUAUCGUAGUAGGUUUCAACAUGAGUUCCAGUAACAACAAAAGUCAACAGAAUCAUGAGAUUAAUCAAGAUACUAGUCAUAUCCCAGGGUUCACCUCUCUACAAUGGCUGCUCCCAAAGCACUCGGACAUCCAUGAGUUGUACUUCCUGUUGAUGGCACUGUUGUUAGGGCAACCAGUGAAACGGUUACCAGAGUGUGAACAGUUUGACUUGGAUUCUGUGUGGACGUUUAUAUUUGGUGUUCCUGCGAGCCAAUCAGGAGCCAAGAAAGCCAACAAUCGAGCAGAGCUUUGUCCCGAGGCAGCAUUUGUGAUCUUGUCUAUGAUCAGAUAUAUGUUGAAUCAGCCUGAAUCUCUAGAGGGGGAAGGUACAUGGUUACAUGAGUACCCAAUCACCCUGAUGCAAUUCCUUCUAUUCCUCUACCACAACCAGGCUGACUUCAUCCCCCUUUGUAUGAGUGAAGAGUUCCUAUGUGGCCUCGUAGCCACCCUGUUUCCCUAUAGACUCAGCUCUGUAUCAAGCAGCGAGGUCUCCUCACCUGUAGAUGAGUUCAAGCCAUACCCUGGUAGUGAAGAUAUGGUCUUAAUAGAGUCCUCCCCUCAGAGCACUGUCAAUACAGAAACAAAACUUACCAGUCAUCCAGCUAAGAAGUUUGUGCUGGAUUUCAUGAGGAUGAUUGUGGUGGACAGUCUGUCACUGCCAUCUAGCAGCAAGACUAUUCCAGUCAUUGAUAAUUUGUUAGAUGCAUCCCCAGAGCACAGUACUCCUGGUCAACAGAGAGAGUUACAGACAGAGGUGCUUAAAGGCCUGAUGGACCAUCUCCUUGCAGCCGAUGCUCUCCUGGGGGAGCAAGCAGCUCUCCCUAUAGCCAUUGGGGGUAGCUAUGGCAACAUGGCAUCAAACGUGUUUUAUUUCGCUAGUAGGGUUGUUGACAAACUCUGGCAAGGUUCAUAUGUUAGAGACUCAAAAGAGGUGUUUGAAUUCAUUAGUAAUCUCAUAGCUCAAGCCAAACGUAAAGCCUCUGGCCUGUCUCUAGACCCAAUCUACAAGAGCUUAAAUCGCUGCCUCCUAUAUAGACUGUCCCGCCCUCUAUAUGCUGUAUCCUCCCAGAUGACAAUCCUGGACUCCCUACACAAGAUCACAUGCAACAGGACACUGGUGUUCGGACCUGGCAAUUAUGACCAGGAAUUCUUGGGAUGCCUCAGUUACCUCCUUCUUACCCUAACAGAGGAUGUCAAUGGUUCAGCUAAUGGUGAGAAGAUAGAUGAACAGACAAACACAAAGUGGCACAUAAUGCCUGAUGACCCCCAAAACAACACUGACCUACUCAACAGAAGUUCAGAUAAGCUGGGGCAAGAAGGACUACAGCUGGUGGCCAAUGCAGCAAAACGUGUCUGGGAAGAGUUGUAUGUCUGUAAAAAACCUACAUUAGAGGAAAUCUUCAAAGUGACCUUGAACCCCAGUCUUGCUGACCCAACUGCCAAGGUUACGACCCCUGAACUGCACAAUGUUCGACCAAUGAUAUCUGAAGGUGCAUCCAGGAUGUGGUUGGCUUAUGUUGACUGGGAGAGAACCAAAUCAGUAACUGAAGCCCAGAAACUACAAAACCAGUUGCAGUCGAAACUUGCAAAGAUGUCAAGUGGUGUAUUGAGAUUGGCUGGAAAGAAGACAAAGAGAGAAACUCCCUACAAGAAUUGUAUUACCACACCAGCUGAGAUGAACAUGUGGACUUGGACUCAUGUGGCUAUAGUCAGGGACUUAGUAGAGCUACAUUAUAAACAGUAUUUACAGGCACAGAGCCACAUGCAAAAGAUUCUUUAUGAGGAGUGGCAUCAGACAGAGACUGCUCUCCUACGUGAGAGAGGUCUCUGGGGGCCCUCCACCGGCUCUUCCCUAGAGAAAUGGAUGUUAGAUAUGACAGAAGGGCCAUGCAGAAUGCUCAAAAAAAUGAUGCGAAAUGACUUUUUCUAUAUUCAUUACCCAUAUUACCCAGAAGGCAUGGAGAAUGUUAGUCGGAAAUACAAAAUGGCGGUUAGCUAUGAUAGUGAGAAGUACUACAAAAGAUUUCAGUCUAAGAGUCUUAUAGGAGAAGAUAUUGGACCACAAGCUAUUACAAAACAGCCACAGUUGAUGCAGGAGGAGUCAGUGGAAAAGGAAGAGGAAUUGUCAUUAACCACCAGCAACCUACUAAAGAGACAAGGCACUGCUGCUAGCACUGAUGCCGCUGAUGAUGACAAUGAUGUAACUGACAUAUCAACUGAACCCAACAUAAGUGAAGGACCAAACCCUGAUAACCAAACUGUACUAAGACUCUUGGAAGAAGAUGAAAAGAUUACACAUAUGUUCCGAUGUGCAAGAAUACAAGGUCUAGAUACAAGUGAAGGACUACUUCUUUUUGGGAGAGAACAUUUCUAUGUGUUAGACGGUUACACAUUACUGAAAACGAAAGAAAUAACGGACAUUGAUAACAUUCCAGCAGACAAACACGAACCAAUCAUUCCUAAGACAACUAUGUGUGUCACCACAACGAUGAAGCGCAUGUGCAGUAAAUUUACCUAUGAAGAUAUAAAAGAGAUCCAUAAACGACGCUAUUUGCUUCAACCAAUCGCAUUAGAGGUGUUUUCAUCAGACGGCCGCAACUUCCUAUUGGCAUUUCCACGAAAAUUAAGGAACAAAAUAUAUGCCAAAUUCAUGGCAGUGGCGACAUCUAUCACCGAUAAUGCACAACAGUCAGUAUCAGGCCAGAAGCAGAAUGCAAAAGUUGAACCCGGGACUGGCCUGAUUAGUAGCUUAAUGGGAGAGAAGUCUGUCACACAGCGUUGGGAGAGAGGUGAGAUCAGUAAUUUCCAGUACAUCAUGGCUCUAAAUACAUUAGCUGGACGUUCAUAUAAUGACCUAAUGCAGUACCCUGUCUUCCCAUGGAUAGUUGCAGACUAUGACUCACAGGACCUUGACUUGUCAGAUCCUGCUACAUUCAGGGAUCUAUCUAAACCAAUGGGAGUUCAGACGGAGAAACGAUUGGGGCAGUUUCAGAAACGCUACAGAGAUUGGGAUGAUCCUGCAGGUGAGACCCCACCCUACCACUAUGGUACCCACUACUCCAGUGCAAUGAUAGUCGCAUCAUAUCUUGUCAGAAUGGAACCCUUCACACAACAUUUCCUCAGGCUUCAGGGAGGUCACUUUGAUCUAGCUGACCGCAUGUUUCACAGUGUGCGGGAAGGAUGGCUAAGUGCAUCCAAACAUAAUAUGGCAGAUGUCAAGGAACUUAUUCCUGAAUUCUUCUAUCUGCCAGAAUUCCUCAGGAAUGCCAAUAAAUUUGAUUUAGGUUCUAAACAGAGUGGAGUUGUUCUGGAUAAUGUCAUCUUACCAACUUGGGCAAAAGGAGAUGCUCGGGAGUUCAUCAGAGCUCAUAGAGAGGCACUCGAGUGUGACUAUGUGAGUGCUCAUCUACAUGAGUGGAUAGACCUGAUAUUUGGAGCCAAGCAACAGGGGCCUGCAGCAUAUGAAGCCAUGAAUGUCUUCCACCACUUGUUUUAUGAGGGAAAUGUUGAUAUAUACAGUAUAGACGAUCCAUUGAAGAAGAAUGCUACCAUCGGCUUCAUCAACAACUUCGGGCAGAUACCAAAACAGUUGUUCAAGAAACCUCAUCCACAAAAGAAGCUAAAUAUACGACUACUGGAGCCUGUAUCAAUGCCAAAUGUUGUCAACACCUCAGCAGAUAAACUGUUUUUCCACAAUUUGGACAUCCUAAAGCCUGCAAUGCAACCAGUCAAAGAACUGAAGGGUGCUGUUGGUCAGAUCUGGCAUAAUGAUCGCAAUGUACUAGCCGUGGAGCAACACAAAGUCCUCAUUCCACCCUCCGGGAGCAAGUUCCUUGCCUGGGGCUUCUCAGAUCUCAGCCUUAGGAUUGGUUCUUAUGAUUCAGAAAAGGCAAGUGCAAUAUAUGAGAAUUUAGACCAGGGAGAUAUCAUGUGUGCUUCCUGUCCCAAUGGGAAGACAAUAGUCACAGGUGGAACUAGCACAGAUGUAUGUGUCUGGCAAAUGGGUACAGGAAAGCACAAGAAGCAGUUACAACUGAAGCAGGCCCUCUAUGGCCACACAGAGCCUGUCACAUGUAUCUCUGCGUCACAGUCUUACAAUAUCAUAGUUAGUGGCUCACGGGACAGGACGUGUAUUGUUUGGGAUAUGACAAGGCUGAUCUUUGUGAGACAGCUUAGAGGGCAUGCUGCGCCGGUUGCAGCUGUCGCAAUCAACGAUUUAACAGGAGACAUAGCAACAUGUGCAGGAACAUAUGUUCAUGUAUGGAGCAUCAAUGGUGAUGAGAUAGCCAGUGUGAAUGCAGCAACAGGGACAAACCAGCAGAUCCUGUGUGUGGCCUUUUCUCAGAUGAUGGAGUGGGAUGUCCGCAAUGUUGUCAUGACUGGGGGCAGUGAUGGAGUGGUCAGAAUGUGGAGCAUAGAAUUUGUUCAAGUGCCAGAUGAAACUAAGACCAAGAAGAAAGAUGCAAUGGAUGGUAAAGAUUCUGAUAAAGCUGCAGUCAUUGAAAGGCUGGCACAGUUCAAGUCCCCAGGUCCUAUACGUCAAUAUAGCGAGACACAAGAUGGUGAAUCUGUUCUCAGUGAGACAAAUACAGAGGACACUGUCAGAGUAAGAGAUCCCCUAGUAGCAUCACGUCUCCAUGCUCUCAACUCCUCUAGUAUGCAGACAAUGGGGGACGUGAUGUCUCUUGAUGAUGAGACCAGUAGACUAUCAGAUACUGGUAUAGAGAGUGGAAUGGAUGCCUUAACUGAAUUAGAAACAUAUAUGACCAAAACAACUAGCCAAUCAGCUUUGAAGGAGUUAGAGGUGAAAGUUGAAAAUGGUGAUGAUCCAGAAGGUCCAAAGUCUCCAUCUUCAGAUUUUGUAAUUUUGAGUGAUAGUGAGGUUAAAAACAUUCCUAAAUCCGUUGAUGAUGUCAUACAGAAAUAUUCUCCCAAACGACGCCAGGACACUCUGAGAGAAGGCUUCAAGUGGCAGAGACAGCUUGUGUUUAGAAGCAAACUAACGAUGCACACAGCAUUUGAACGCAAAGAUAAUCGUGAACCAGCAGCUGUGACUGCUAUCGCCUCAUCGAAGGACCACAAGUGUGUCUAUGUGGGUGACGUAAAGGGGCGUGUCUUCAGCUGGUCUGUUUCUGACCAACCAGGACGCACCAUGGCGGACCACUGGGUUAAAGACGAGGGUGGAGAUAGCUGCUUAGCAUGCUCCGUCAAGUUUUCAUUCUCGGAGAGACGACAUCAUUGUCGCAACUGUGGCCAGUUAUUCUGCUCCAAGUGCAGUAAGUUUGAAAGUGAGAUCCAUAGACUGAAAAUAAUGAAACCAGUCAGAGUGUGUCAGGCUUGUUUCAACAUAGUCAACAAGGACCAAGACUCUGGUGCUAAACCAGUGUACUUAUAACAUGUACAGCUUAACAGAAGUUGUGUACAUUAACAGAGAUUGGCUUGAAACCUGUAGACGAGACUUCAUAGACAAGAUUUAAGAGUUGAAGUCCAAAAUUGGCCAACAAUAAAGAAGAUGCAAUAUGGAUACCCUACACAUGGUCGGUUAUAUGAUGCGUUCCCUUUCGAUGAGGAAGCUUCAAAUAAAUGAUAUUACAUGUCGGAAUACCAUUGUGUAUCGAGAACAGGGGGACAUAUAAAUGGGGAGUAAAUACCUAUAUUUAAAUGAGUAUUACUCGAGAUCUCCUCAAGUGAGACUUGAAGCAGUGUUUCCACGUUAGUAGAAGUGGGAAAAUGUACUCCAUGUAUCCCUGAUAUAAAGGGUCUCAUCCCAGAGUCUUCUAAUAUGUCACCAUAUCAAAGAAAGAUACAGUACAAUACCACUUUGGUAAGACGUUUUGUCAGAUUUUAGAAUGUGUAGUUUACAGUAUAUGUAUUACACAAGGAUACUUGCCUUAGCUGUAGCCACAUUAGAAGGUAGAUAGAGAUUAACAAGUAUACAUGUAGAUAACAUAUUUUAGUGCAAUAUUAGUUUCAAAGAGUGUAAAACACUUUUAUGUAAAACUGAAUGUGUAGAUAUUAUAAGAAAUUCUGGGCAUUUUUAAUUAAUUUUAUUGAUUCAAUUUUCAUUAAAGAAUGAGAUUGUCCAUUUGUGAAAGAAGUAACUAGAAAUGAAUUUGGUCCAUGCAUAAAGU